AUGCUCCGCCAGCUCCCUCCGCCACCGUCGCCUGCAUUGGAGUCCCUCACUCCCGAACAACCACCCUCCAAUGAUCUUGCUUCGAACGGCGAGCUGCCGCUCACAGCAAUGUCGUCCUCGUUGGCUACAGAAGCGUCUCCAGUGGUUGAGAUUCAACUGGCUCAAGACACCAACGAGAUCGAGGUCGCGUCUAUUCAAGAGCCUGCAUCUGUGGACGAGAGCGAGGAGGGGGAAAGUGAUGAACCUGACGACAGUAACGAUGAGGACUGGAGCGAUGUGAACGGGUCAACUGUUGAGGACGAAGUUUUGACCGGCGAGAGUGAGACGGAGGAAGAGGAGGUGGACAUUAGUAUCAUUUUGGAAAAUGUGGACGUUCACCAGAUUGUGGUGGAUCUCAUACGUGACGACCAGUGCGAGCGACGUUGCCUCGAAGGCAAGGCCGGAGAGGUUGAGUGGCUCGUGGCUUCCCUUAACCAAAUGACUAAGUCCGAGAGAACUACGUGCAUCUUAACGCUUCUUGGGGUGCUGAUGCAGACGGACACAGCCGAGCGACGCCGUGGUACUGGCGAUCGAGAGAAAUUUCACUACUACUUGCCCUUCGUAGGUCGUGUGUGCCGCCCUAGCUUCGCAAGCUGCCUUGGGGUGCAACCGCUCACCGUGCAGCGCUACAAGCGGCGCGUUCGUGAAGGCAACAUUGCGGCUAAAGCUCAUGGCAACAAGAGCAACAAAAACGCCACCAAGGUGGAUCUGGCAUGGCUCGUAAAAUGGUUUCAAGCAUUUGCUGCUGAGGUAGGUGAGGUGGUGCCUGUGAGAGUGCGCAUGCAAAAACAGAAGGAUGGAAUGGUGAAAAAGUAUUAUAGCAGAGAAGACUACACACUACUGCCUGCAACGUUUACGUGGGACGCACUAUACGAUGAGAUGCACAAGUUCGUGGAGAGCGGACUUCGUGUUUACAAACCGGCACGCUCAACUUUUCGGAAAUUGCUAUCGCUCCACUGCCCCUACAUCAAGAUACGCUCGUCCCAGUCGAACGUGUGUGACGUCUGCUCAAUCUACCAGACUCGGAUGCGCCAAGGUGCGACCGCUGACAAAACGGAGGAGCUGGGGCAGCACACAGAGUCCGCACGUCGAAUGCGACGUGAAUACAAACAGGAUAAAGCUGCGUCCCAAGAACAUGAUAGCGAUCUGGCAGUUAUCGUCAUGGAUUUCUCUCAGAAUCUGACUAUUCCGUCCGUCACCUCUACGCCGUCGCAGUGGUACUUCUGCUCGUUGCUCGCCGUCAACGUAUUUGGCAUUUUCUACGAAAAUGAAGGAACCCAGACGAAUUACGUCUACGACGAGUUCACCAGCGGUAAAGGAAGUGACCAGAUCAACUCAAUGCUUCAGCACUUCAUCCGGACAGUGCUGGUACCGGCAGGAAAAAAGCACCUCAUGGUGUAUGCAGAUAAUUGUUCUGGGCAAAAUAAGAACAACCACGUCAUCAAGUUUUUCCUGGCCCAAGUGCAAAGAGGAACGUUCGAGCGCGUAGACUACAAAUUUUUCGUGAAAGGACACACGAAAAACUCAUGUGACCGAGGGUUUGGGCACAUCCGCAAGCACAUUAGCCGCUCAGAUUGCUGGACAAUGGACCACGUAAUUUCCGCCGUCAAAGAUGCCGCAGCAUCUAACAGAACCGUCCACAUUUCACGCGGCAACGACUUCUUCAAGAGCUACAAACCUCUACUACAAGAGCUAUACAAAACACUGGCGGGGGUACAACAGUACCAGAUCUUUUCCAUGAUCAUGGAGAAGCCGGGUGUAGUGUUGUGCAAGAAGGGUCCGGACGAUGCACCGGUGGAGAAGGACCUCCGCCGAAUUGUUGACGGAGUCUUGACCGAAAACGAAAAGGUGGUGCGCAUGAUGGACCACUUCCUCGAAGAUCUGCCUGUGCGUCCGAAAAACACUGAGAAAAUUGCCGAAUUUUACAAGAACAUCCGCCCGUAUGUGCCGGACGAGUACCAGUCAGACCCACUUUAUGCAGCUCCCAGCAAGGAGCAAGGCGAAGAGGCCAAAUCUGCGAAGCAAGCUCGUCGAGAACACCGUGCUGCCAUGGCGGUUGCUGCAAAAGCCAACCAGGACCGUCGUAACAGAGAUGCUGAAGAAGCAGUGUGUCCGAUGCCGAAACGCUCGCGUAAGUGA